UUGUGGUCGUAAGAACAUAAAUUUACACUACUUCAUUUGAAACACAAUGCUCGUAACUGUUUUUGAUCAGCGAGGAUGUAAAAAUUAAACACUUAAUUGGCUUGGCCUCCGUCCCGGUCCAUUUUCACCGCUGGUUACUAGUUGUGCUGUGUAGCUCCGCCCACUUUCUCACGAGGUCCAAUCGCGUCGUGCACGAUCGGUACAGUGAGUAAAGAGCAGUUGCGUACAUCUGCCAUGGUUGACAGAAAAUAAACCCUUUUUUGUUCUCUAGCAAUCCGCCGAGGAAUCCGAAUUCUCUUCAACACACACAGACACACACCCGCCGUGUACAAGAUACGGUUUCUGGCACUGUGUGUAAGGGAGUUGCCGUUGUAAAAAUAAAUUACUAAACCGCGAGCACAUUUGAUUUUAAUUAUCGAAGGAGGUGGAUUGAACCGAGCAGAGGAGCGAGCGAUAUUGUAUGUUGGCGAUCGGGAGAAGGAUGAUGUACCAGUACCAGGAACCGGAGAAGUGCAGCAGCAGCAGCAGCAACAGCUACAGUAGAUGCAGCAGCAGUGCAUAAUUAGUACAAAAUGGGUUGUGAGUGGUGAAACGUUGAGAGAUGUGAACCCUUCUCCUUCUUCUACGAUCUGCCCUGACAAAGCACCGGGCAGAAGGGGGAGCGACGCAGAGUGUGUGCGUGUGUGUAACAAUUAAGAAAUUAAAUAAUUAAAUCAUUAAAUCAUUAAGCGAUGUUCUGUGAAGUGAUUGCCAAAAUACACCCAAGAUGACGAUGCCGAGUAAUGCAAAGUGAAACGUGAAAUGAUCGUUUAGUGCAAACAAGAUGCCGCCCACAGUGGAGCAAACGAAGCGCAACGUACGAAAUUAAUUGUUAAUGAAAUCAUGAAUUGCUACGGUGGUGUGUCAGUGUCGGGGACGAACUACGGAGACAGCACGGUGGCGGCGAGAGGGUCAAGCUGUAUCCUGGAAAAUGCUGCCGCAGUGGGUGCACAGACUGAACAGUAUCAUGAUAACAAAGCUGCUGGCAGUGUUUGGUACAAUGUUGUUCCAACGCCGACGGGUUGUCCUGUGCCAAACGAUGCCUUACCACUGGGCGGCAGUGCGGCCAGUGACGGUGGCACGUCGGGAGUGAUCGAACCAAGCUGUAGCAAUGUAUCUCCGUCCAUCUCCUCCGACCCAAGUGGCCGCUAUUAUGACGAGGCUGGUGAGCUAUCGAUAACCACAGGACAUCCUCAUCAGCAUCAUCAUCAUCAUACUCAUACUCAUCAGCAUCAUACGCAUCAUCAUCAGUUUAGCAACAAUCGAUUGUUGAUGGGUGAGCAUCGAUCACCACUGAUCUACGAAGGCAGCAACGUGGAGCUUGGAUUCGGUGGCUUAAACAUUGAGGGCGAGAGUGGCACAUCCGGGCUGACGAAUCCCGGUGCUGCUGCUGCUGCUUCAAGUGUGGAUAAGAAAGUGCGCCACGGAGGUGGUGUGAAGGAUCGGUUUUUGAUGAGCAAUCUGUUGCAGCUCAACAGCACAUCCAGCACAGCGGACAGUUCGAGGACGAUGAUGCCGCCGGGAUCACCGAGCUCACCAGUGGAUAAAGAUGAUCUGGAAGACAGUCCAACACACAAGACCGACCUGUCGAUGAGGACAAAGUCGUGCACGCUGAAAAAGCCCCGACGCAAUCGGACCACCUUCACCACCAACCAGCUGACGGCGUUGGAGAAAAUUUUCGAAAAAACUCACUACCCGGACGCGUUCGUGCGGGAGGAGCUGGCGAACAAGGUCGGGCUUAGUGAGGCUCGCGUACAGGUUUGGUUCCAGAACCGGAGGGCAAAGUUUCGUCGCAAUGAGCGUAGCGCACAGUCAUCGGGGGGUGGUAGUAGUGCUAGCAAGGGCGAAGAUUUCUUCCAUCCUGGCGCAAUACCACCUUCAGCGACAAGUGGUGGACUUGCUGGGUUUGCGGGGGUAGUAGACAAACCGGACAGUGGCCCCUAUUCGCUGUCCUUUUCUACGCUUAGUUCCAUCUUUUCGCCCGUCGUUUCACAGCUGCAGCACCAUCAUGCACAUCACCAUCCCGCGCCGGGUAGUGUUCGUGCUGGUGGACAGUACUAUACAGCCUACAAACCCCAGCACGAUGAGGCAGCAAACUUCUGCAGCCAGUCGUACCAGUUUCCGAGCUUAAAAUAUUUAAACAAUCUGCAACAAACCUAAAACCAAUGCACAGUGAAAACAACUUAACACAGCACGGUCUUGCUGAGUGGCCAGAAACGUCCGGAGUGUAGCUUUGCUUUAGAUUUAAACACUUUU